AUGGACGGUGUCGGCCCCCCAGCCAGCACGCUGGAGUCGGCGCGGACGCCUCCCCGCGCUCGCUCGUUCACGCCAUUUUUUGGUAGCACCACCCCUCGGGCACUGCGGCCUGCCACGUCUGCUGCUGAUACUCUUUCGAUCUCAACAACGAGCCCUGGCUUUCAGACGCCACCAAAGAGAAAGGAUGGGCGUGUUGCAGUGGUCAACAGCAGCAGGGACAAGGAGAACGGUGGCGCUGGGAUGGGUGAAACCGCGCCGGAGGUGGACAACGAAGGAGGAGGAGGCGUUUGCUCCAUCUGCCUCAGCCCGCUCAAGAACUCUGGCACGAAUCGGCGGCAGGAGCAGCGAGAGGUGUACACUGUCAGGCUCUGCAAGGUCGGCCAUAAGCCGGCGCAGAGAGGAGGAGGAGGAGGCGCUCCAGGCGAGGGCACGGCGGGCGGCGGGAGCCGUGGUAGCCGAAGCCCGCCCGGUGCCGACGGCGACGGCCGCCCUGCUGACACGACUGGAGGAGCUCAACGCCGCGGCGGGGACGCCCACGACCCGGGCCGAGACGCGCUCGGUAGCGGAGGCGGGGCCGGUGUCGGUGGCCGCGCUUUUGGGGCGCUUGGAGGAGCUCGAAGUGGCGGCGCGGACGCCCACGAGGCCGGAGGCGGGCCAGCUGGAGGGGCGCGCGGAGCGAUGUCUGAGAGUGAGAGCGAGGCAGGGGAGGAGGAGGCCCGUCGAAGAGCGGAGGCGAUAACGGCAAGCUUGGCGGAGGCCCGCCGGGCGGCAAUGGCGGCGAUGGCGGAGGCCACCACAAGAGUGACGGAGGCGGAGUCGGACCUAUCGGUCGCCGCGGCAGCCGUUCGCCGGGCAAGGCAGUCGGCAGCGGCUGCAGCUCCCUCGGAAAGCUCGUCGGAUUUUGACGGAGUGGUGGAGAGGGCAAGGCGGUCGGAGGCUAAUAGCAGGUCGGAGCCGUUGAGGCUGGCACUGGCCGAGAUGUCGGCGGCUGAGAUAGCUCUAGAGACCGCGAGAGCGAGGAAGGAGGCGGUGGAGCUCGAGGCCGCCCAGUAUGUGUACAAGGGUCACGGCAGAGAAGGAGGCGGAGUCCACGCGCUGCAGAUCCUGCCGCGGCGAGGAUGA